CCGCUGACUGACGGCGGACAAGUGUCGCAAUAUCCGCACUCUGCGUCACAUGAGCACUGCGAAGAUGGCCGACUCCCUCCCAGCCGAGCUGGACGUGGUCGUGUUGGGUACAGGUCUACAAGAGGCUAUCAUUGCAGCUGCCUAUUCUCGAAUCGGCAAGAAAGUUCUUCAUGUUGACAGAAAUAACUAUUAUGGAGGAGACUGGGCCAGUUUUAGCUUUUCUGGAUUGCUAUCCUGGAUUGAAGAAUGCAGAGGACAAUCCACCAGCAAUGCAGGAGUUAACUGGAAAGACAAGAUCCUGGAAGGAGAAGAUGCCAUUCAACUUGACCAAAUAGAAAAGACCAUUGAGAAUGUGGAAGUCUUCUGCUUUGCAAGCACAAUUACAGAGGAAGAUGUUGUAGAAGAAGGAGCACUUGAAAAUAAACAAUCAAAUGUAGAUUCUGACAGUGCGAUAGCGAAUGGAGCAUUGACUAGUCAAGAUGAGAAAGAUCAGACAUCUAAAGUUAUGAAUGACGAGGAAGAAAAUCCAGAAAAUAUCAAGGACCCAGAUUCUUUACUUUCAACAAAGGAUGUUUCAACUGAAAUAAUUCAACCAGAAGACAUACCCUCAUCUACAGAUGUACCUUCACCCACCACCAGUGAAACAAGUGUAGCCAAAGAAUUGAUUGCUGCUGAUGCAGAUUCAAGCAAAAUUAAAACCAACAAUAUAGAACAAGCUCCUGAUGUUUCUUCUCAAGAAGUUACAAAGCAAACCAAAAAAAUGACUUACUCACAAAUUAUUAAGAAUGGACGGAAAUUUAACAUUGAUUUGACUUCAAAGUUUUUGUAUGCCCGUGGUUCCCUAGUUGAUCUUCUGAUCAAAUCCAAUGUCAGUCGAUAUGCGGAAUUCAAAAAUAUCAAUAGGAUACUUGCUGUUCAAGAAGGAAAAGUUCAACAGGUACCCUGUUCGAGAGCAGAUGUCUUUGCCAGCAAACGUCUCUCUAUGAUAGAGAAACGAAUGUUAAUGAAAUUUCUUACUUUCUGUUUGGAAUAUGAAGAACAUCCAGAUGAAUACCAAGACUUUAAGGACUGUACAUUUUCAUCUUAUUUGAAGACUAAGAAGUUAACUGCAAGUCUCCAACACUAUAUUUUGCAUUCCAUUGCUAUGAUCUCUGAAAGUGCCAGCACCAUAAAGGGACUCCAAGCAACACAGCACUUCUUACAGUGCCUUGGCCGAUAUGGGAACACGCCAUUUCUUUUUCCCUUGUAUGGCAUUGGAGAAAUGCCGCAGUGUUUCUGCAGGAUGUCUGCAGUCUUUGGUGGAACAUACUGCCUGCGACAUUCUGUGCAAUGCCUGGUGGUCGACAGAGAAACAGCAAGAUGUAAAGCUGUAAUUGACAGUAAUGGCCUUCGCAUAACCUGUGAACAUUUUAUUGUGAAUGAUAGCUAUCUACCUAAAAAAAGUACUAAAAAUAUCCAGUACAGGUAUUUUUCAAGAGCUGUUCUCAUCACAGAUUCUUCCAUCUUGAAGUCUGAAUCUGAACAGAUUUCUAUUUUAACUGUGCCUGCAAGGGAGGAUUGCCAGCCAUUGGUACGAAUCAUUGAACUCUGUCCAUCUUCAAUGACCUGUCCACAGGGCACCUAUUUGGUCCACUUAACUUGUCCAUCAAAUGGAACUGCCAAAGAAGACUUGGAGCCUGUGAUGUACAGACUUUUUGCUGCAUACAGUGAAAACAAAGAAAAUGAUUCACACGAAUGUGAAGGAGAGAAACCUAAAGUGCUGUGGGCUUUAUUUUUCAACGUAAGAGAUUCAUCUGCAGUUGACAGAAAUGCAUAUGAAGGCCUUCCCAGUAAUGUUUACGUCUGUUCUGGACCUAGUGCUGCACUUGGAUUUGAACAGUCUGUUGAACAGGCAGAAGCUAUCUUUCAUCAAAUCUGCCCGGGGGAAGAGUUCUGUCCUGCUGCACCAAACCCUGAAGAUAUUAUUUACGAUGGUGAUGGUGCAAGAACUGAAAAUGCUGGCUUUGGCGCACCUUCAGAAACUCUAAAUGUUGAAAGAGAGGAAAAUGUAGAUGCAGAUACUGCAGAACAUGGCCAAGAUAAAAAGGAAAAAGUCAGUGAAGUAUCAGCCAUUAAUAAAAUGGACAGAGAAUCUGAAACCUCUAGCCCUGACACUCAAACAUUGAAAAAUAGCAUUAAUGAAACAGAGAUACCCAAAGAUGCAGAAUAAUAUAUUUAGGGAAAUAGAUGUUCACCCCAAAUAAUAUUGAAGCAACCAGGAAAUAGAGUGCAGCCUUUACACGCAACUACAUGCAAACUGUAACUUGAGUUUCAAAAUCAAUUAGGCAGCCUUUAAGUUACCUAACCUUUUUUUUUUUUUAAACACUCCUGACAAAUAUUUACCUGCUGUUACUGUUUCUUCAGUUCUCGCUUCCCUGGUAGACACCAUCAUACCAAUUCCCAAUGAUGAAUAUUGAACUAUGUUCACACUAAUUGAAUGCAAUUUGUUGUCUUAUCAGAAUAAGAUGAGAGGGAUCAAGUGCUGUAAUAAAUUUGCUUAAAAUGUGCCAAAAUUACAAAAACAAAGCAUAAAAUCUAAGCUGUGGCUUGCCUUUCUGGAACACUUGUAAUGAUACGACUGUCCCCAAAAAAAAUUGUCCUACCCUUUCGUGAUAAAUGGUAGAAAAUAUUUAUUUUGACAAGAAAUACACAAACCAUUCAACAUUCUGAAAAAUUGUUUACUGGAAAAAAUUAAGUGCUAAUGUUAUGAAUAUACUUUAGAAAGCAGUGGCAGGUGCAAACAAUUUUCUCAGUGGAAAAUCAAAUGGGCCUGUAAUUAUAUGUGAUGGAACAGCAGAUGUUUUGCAGAUCAAGGUAAUAUUUUCCAUGACUAAUGUGUACAAUAUCAAAAACAUAUACUGUGCAAUAACCUGUGAAAAUCCUCCAUGUUUAAUGAUGAUGUAAACAAAAGUGAUUAAAAUGUUGCAAAAAUCA